UGCACGAUACCACGAGACUCUCACGGGUCUAGGUAUCGUAUGAAAUCGGUAGAUUUCAUUCAAAGAAUCCGUGAAAUCAUUCGUGUGGAAUAUGACGACGGAGGGAAAGCCGAGGAACCCAGCUAGUCCCACGUUAAAGUACAAAGUUGCUCGCUCGGAGAAACUAGGCAGGUAUUUAAAGGCGGCGAAGAAUCUAACAGCCGGCGAGGUGAUACUCCGAGAAAAACCGAUCGCUGUCGGUCCGCUAACUUCUAGCAAAGAUUUCUUGUGCUUCGCCUGUUUGCGUUUGUUACCGAAUAUCAAAAGAGAAACGCUGUACGUUUGCUCGAAAUGCAAAAUUGCACCCUUGUGCAACGUUAACUGCGAGAAAGAACCGAAGCAUCAUACACCAGGCGAAUGUGAAAUCUUCAAAAGUACUAAAGAUCUAUGGACCAGUAGUUUAGAGAGUAUUAUCGGGGUUUUGUUGCCCCUGAGAUUAUGGCUUCUGAAGCAGAGAGAUCCAGAAUUAUGGAGACGUGUACAAUCUAUGGAAUCUCACGUAGACGUGAGAAGAAAUACUUCGGUUUGGAAGGACAGAGAAGUAAAUGUGAUAAAUGUAAUGACAUCGCUAAAUUUAAUCCCUGAAGACGAUCCAUCCAUCGCAGAGCUUCUACAACAGCUGUGCGGAAUUUUAGACGUUAAUACUUUCGAGCUGAGAUCUCCGGGAGGUCUAGAUGGGCUUCUUUUACGUGGUUUAUAUGCGGAAGCCUCCCUGAUGGCUCACGACUGCAGGGGAAAUACUCACUUAACUGUGGACAACGAUUUUCAGCUCACUGUUUAUGCCAGUCUGCCUAUUAAAGAGGACGAAGUGAUUUUCUUCAAUUAUACCUCUUCACUUUUGGGAACGUUAGGUAGACGAGAACACUUGCGUACAGGGAAGUACUUCGUGUGUGAAUGUUCAUUAUGCAGAGAUCCUUACGAAAUGGAAUCGUAUAUGAGCUGCAUUCUGUGUCCACGAUGCAGAGAGGGUUACAUAGGAAUGCAAAACCCUCUAACAAAUUUUCCGUACGAAAAAGGCACCAAAUGGCAAUGCGACAGAUGUAGAAGAUCCAUCGGUGGUCGUCUUGUGAGAGCUACUUUGAACAUAACCAGAACGUUAAUCGACGAAACGGACGAAUACGAUGUUAAAGGUCUAGAAAAUUUAACGACCAAAUUAUCGAGAUCAUUUCAUCCGAAUCAUUAUUUAAUGCUGUCGUUAAAGCAAAAAUUGCUGGCUGCGUAUAGAAAGGAAGUGGCAACACCAAAUCCGAAGAAAAAAAUGAUGCAAAAAAUGCUGGAUAUGUGCAGAGAGAUGUUUAAUGUGUUGGAGAUAGUUGAGCCAGGAAUAUCUCGAUUGAAAGGAAUAAUGCUAUACGAAAUGCACUUACCGUUAGUAUUGUUGGCGAACCGUGCGUAUUCUGCGCGGGAAAUUUCUUCGGUAGAAUUGGCUUCACGCCUCGAAGAAGCUGGAAGUCUCUUGAAGAAGUCUCUAACUAUGCUCCUUUUGGAACCAGCAGAUACGCCAGAAGGAAAAUUAGCCAAACGAGCACUGCAAGAAUUGAAGGCACUAAAUCAAAAUAUAGUCGACGUUAAAACGAUUAGUACUGCCGAGGAUACGCGUGGUCGUGAUAAAAAGAAAUUACAGAAGAAUAAGUCUAAUAAAAAGUAAACACGCCAUUUAAAUUUACUACGCGAAACUAAAUAC